ACAGGGGCGGGGGCGGCGCCUCCCGCCGUUCGCGGGCCGGGCUGAGCCGCCGGAGAAAGGCGGCACCGGCACCGGCACCGACCGACCUCCAUCCGCCUGUGCGGCCGUCUGUCCAUCCAUCCAUCCAGUGGGAGCCCUGGAGGAUGGUGGUUCCCGGGAACGCGCCGCUGAUCCAGCAGGACCCCGCUCUGGAGCCGGCCCUGGGCAGAGACGCCCCCGAGCACUCGGCCAUGGGCCCGGAGCCCCCCGAGGACGUGGGGCCGGAGGUGCGGAAGCUGCGGGAGCUGGUCAGGAGGCUGGAGCUGGACAAUCAGCACGCCAGGAGCAGGAGCAGCAGGACCCUGCUGGGGACAAACGUGCCUGGGGACAUCCGUGCCGGGGUGGACAACCACGAGCCCGGCCUCAACGGGAUGGAGAUCAACAGCAGCAUCAAGGCCCUGGCGGAGCAGCAGGAGUUGCAGCUGAUGGCGGAUCUGCACAGCCAGCUGAGCAAAAUGAGGCAGGAGGAAGGAGAGAACAACUUCAAAAGAGCCCUGGAUGCCCCCUCGGUGCAAUACAGCUGCAAGAGUGUCCCCGAGGAGGUGUCUCCCCACGGGGAGCAGAGCUGCAGCAAUGGCCGGUGUCCCUCACCUGGGGAUACGAGUGCCAGCUCCGAGCUCCUGGGCAGCCUGCUCAUGGCAGGGAUCCGCGCCCCCGCCGCAAUCCAUGAACAGAUCCCUGGUGAAAAGGGCACAGAUCUAGAGGGGCUUCCGAGUCAGGCGGAUCUGGAUGAAGUCAAAGUGUUAGAACUGGAAAAUUGCCCCGAGGAGGAGGAUUGCUGGCUGUAUGUGUCUCCAAGGAAAUCCAUGGAUGAGAAAACAGCCUCUCCUCUGAAGUGGUGCCGGCAGGUGCUGGACAAUCCCAGCCCCGAGAUUGAGGCUGCCUGCAGAACCCUCAUCAACAGGCUGGACCAAGCCAGUAGAUGGAAAAACCUGUAUUGCAGCCCCCUGGCAUCUCCCAGCGCACAUAACCUGAAUUCCGAGGCAGGCUCCUGUAGCAAUGCACUAAACUCUCCUGGGCACCUCAAAUCGACUAACAAAGCACUACUAACCUGUGGCAGCUCAGGGUACCUGAGCAUGCACUCGGCCCUGAGCUCCCAGUCCUCGGUGGACAGCGAGCUGAGCACCUCGGAUGACUCCAUCUCCAUGGGCUACAAACUGCAGGACCUCACCGAUGUCCAGGUCAUGGCACGGCUGCAGGAAGAGAGCCUGCGGCAGGACUGCGCCUCCAGCUCGGCCUCCGUGUCCCGGCGCAGCUCCAGCGCCUCGCUGCACUCCCUGCGCCGCGGCACCUACAGCGACCAGGAGUUCGACACCUACAGCCUGGAGGACGAGGAUGACUGCGAGUGCUCCGUGUCGCUGCGCAGCGCCCAGCGCUACUCGCCGUCCCCGCGGGGCUCUCCGCGCUGCCAGUCCCCGUCGGGAGCCGAGCUGGGCCGGGCGCGGCUGCGGGCCCCGCGCCGGGCGCUGCACAGCCCCGGGCAGCAGCGCCUCAAGUACGCCAACAGCGAAGCUUCAGGGAGGACGGAGAGCGGGUUUGCUCUGUGUACUAGGUGGUACCGUUACAGGACUGGAGAGGAGCUGAGGCACAGCAUGCCCAACCUGGCCCGCAGCAGCCUCCGCACGCUCGAGGCCGUGCGCAGCAGCCGCAGCCUGGAGUCCGACCUGCAGGUGCCCAGCAGCCGCAUUCCCAGGACUCAGCAGCGGUCAGCAGGUCUGACUCCCAGCAAGCUCAGGUAUCCCUCGGGGCAGUCCCCGCUCACGGCGCGCCAGCCCGGCAAGGCGGCCUCGGGAGCCGGCUCCCUGCUGGCCGGCAGGCAGGUGGGGAAGCCCUGCGGCUACACGGCUCCCGUGCCCCCGGCCCGCAAGCCCCAGCUCCACACGGGCUCUCCCGGCAGCAGUUGCACUUCCAGGAGCAGCAGCGUGGUGACCGUGGGCAAAGGCUCUGCCCUGAAGGCGCGGCCGGCCGUGGCAGGGGUGGCCGUGGCCAAGGGAAAGGCAACGGCCCCGUCCAGGAGGUUCCUCCAGGCAGCACAGACCCCCGAGGACGACUCCUGGAAGGAUGGGUGCUACUGACUCCCCACAAGAGCUUUGUGGAGCAGAUCCCAGCUGGCUGGGCAUGACCUCCCUGGGAAAGGCCCUGCGCCCCUGUCCCUGCAGACUGCUGUACAUAUCCCUCACCCCGUGCUCUCCACACCUCCCUCUGCUCUGCCAGGGCUGGGACACACAGCUCCCAGCCUUCACCGAACCCUGAGUCUUCCCAGGAAGCCUGGAAAAGCCUUAUUUCAUCCCCAGCCCAGCUGCAGCCCUGGGGAAGGUGUCACCAUCCCCUCCCAGGGGUGCUGCAGAGCUGGGGGUGUCCUCUCUGUGCCAGAAGCAGCUCUGAGCUGUGGCAGAGCUCGUGGAGAGUAGAAAUAGUGACAUAGGUGUUAGAGGUGAGACUUUCUAAACCCAACCUGAUGUACUCUAAUAUUUGUCUGGAAUUCAACUGGGUUUGGUUUUUUUGGUUUUUUUGGUUUGUUUUUUUUUUUUUUUUACUUCUGUAUAGAAUGUAUUUCUGCUACUUUUUAUUGUUUGUUCUAGAGCUGCAGCAGGUUUUUAUAACUGUAGAACACUCUGAGCUGUUGUAUCCAGGUGUCAGCACAGGUCACGAGGAGCAGUACACAAUAUUUGUGUGGGGUGUGAACAGGCAGGGACGGGGAUGCCAGUCAAAAACUGCUGGGCACCAGCACCUUCUUAACCUCAGCUGAGUGAGUUCAACACACUUAUGAGUAAACUUUUUAAAAAUCACCUUCCCUCACACUUUGUCUUGAAGUGUUGGAGCUCUCAGCUGGUUCCCAACUGCCCUGACUUUUGUAGAAGUUUUCUACCGUCUCUUAAGGAUUCUGUUCCAGUGUCCUUUUCCUCAGCAAGUGCUGGAUGCUCCAAAUACAGUCUUAGUCCAGGAAAUAUGCACUGAUAGCAAUGUUCUCCCUGCCAUCAAUGUGACUUUGAUAGUGUAGUUUAAUAAAAUGUUAUGGUGCUGAAAUA